AUGUCUGGUGAGGGUGAUACACAAGAUCGACUACAAAAGAGUAAAGAUUUUCUUGAGGCAUCGUUCGUGUCACACUCUUCCAGAACUAUCACUGAUAAUCAACUCUUUCAGCGUCAUUAUGAACGUGCAGAGUUUGUUAAAGAGCCAUUACCAUCUGACAACGAAUCUGAUUCAGACGAUUCAGUUCGAUCUUAUAGAACAAUGGCCCAGCAAAGGACGUUGAAAGAGUUUGCAGCGCUAGAUCUUGACCAACAACCGCUUUGCAUCCAAUAUCCACCUUUGGAUGUUAACUUUGAGUUGAAGUCAGGCCUCAUCCACUUAUUUCCUUAUUUCCAUUGGCUGCCCGGUGAGGACCCGAAUGAACAUUUGAAAGAGUUUCAUAUUGUCUGUUCUAGUAUGAAACCUGUUGCAGUGACUGAAGAACAAAUUAAGUUGCGAGCUUUUCCUUUCUCCCUGAAGGAUGCAGCUAAAGAAUGGUUGUACUAUCUUCCACCUGGGGAGUCUUUGUAUGAAUAUUGGGAGAGAUUUAAGCGAUUGUGUGCUAGUUUUCCUCAUCAUCAGAUAAGUGAACAACUCUUCAUCCAGUACUUUUAUGAAGGAUUACAAUCAUUGGAUAUGAGUAUGAUUGAUGCAGCCAGUGGGGGUACACUAGUUGAUAAGACUCCUGCUGCAACCAGAAGCUUGAUUUCUAAUAUGGCUGCUAACUCACAACAGUUUGGCAUUCGCCAAGAUCCUACUCCACCACCCAAAUCAGCUAAUGAAGUGAGCACCUCUAAUGCUAAUCAGCUUGGUCAACAAUUGGCCCAAUUAACUGCAGUGGUUGUGGGGCAUGCUACUGAUACUUGCUCUACUUUAUUUGAGGGAGAGGCUGAGGGUGUUAAUGUUGUAGGAGAUUUCCCGGGUCAAUUACGCCAGAUGUACUAUGAACCCUUUUCACAAACUUAUAAUCCUGGCUGGCAUGAUCAUCCAAAUCUUCGUUAUGGGAAUCAACAACAAGUUGUUCCACAUUCUACACCUGCAAGACCACCUGGUUUCACAUUGCGACAAUGGUCUCAACAGAAUUUUGUACCUAGACCAUCACAAGCAUCGCAAAUUGCUCCACGACCAAGUGCCAAACCCUCUACUGAGGAUUUAAUCAAUGCAAUUGCUACAAAUACUCUUCAGUUUCAGCAAACUACCCAAGCUUCUAUCAAAAUUUUGGAGAAUCAGGAGAAUGCUAGUGUAGUAACUUUGCGAAGCGGGAAGCAAUAUGAUCCUCCUAGUCCUCCAAUGCCUAGUAAAUUGUCAUCCAAGUCACACGUUGAUUGCUCUGUUGAUGAAGAUGUGCCUCCAAAGCCAACCAACCCUACACAGCCAAACCCUAAGCCUACUUUUGUCACCCCACCUCCUUUCCCAAGCAGACUAAAGAAGACUAAAAGGGAAGAGGUUGACAAGGAAAUUCUUGAUACAUUCCGCAAGAUAGAAGUGAAUAUUCCUCUUCUUGACACUAUUAAACAAGUGCCGCGCUAUGCCAAGUUUUUGAAAGAGUUAUGCACUAAUAAGCGUAAGUUGAGGGGUAAUGAAAAAAUUAGUGUGGGGGAGAAUAUUUCUGCAGUUCUUCAAAAGAAGCUUCCACCAAAGUGUAAGGAUCUUGGUACUUUUACUAUCCCUUGCACUAUUGGUAAUAAAAGAAUUGAGCGUUUUAUAUUGGAUUUGGGACCUCAAUAA